GCCAACCUUCUAAAUCAACUAAGAAAGGCAAUGCUAAAACCUAAUACUUUGCUUCUGCUAAUGCCUCAGUAUACAUGGAUGAAUCAUUAUGCAGAGGUUUAAGUACUGAGAUUUCAAGGAUCAAAUAAAAUACCCUCCCCCCAAAAAAAGAAAACAGAAAAUUACCACCAAAAACAUUACAGGAACUUCAAAAUUAGAUCAUCGCAAACAUGUUUACAUUUUGCACAACUAACCUUCUGUUGUAGUAUUCAACAGUAACUUCAACAGCAACAAGCACAGCAAUAAAACCACCACAGUGACAAGUUCCAACAAGCCCUGCUACAUUAAACCAGGAAGUCUGUUAAUGUAACUUGUAUUCCUUAUGGAAACAGUGCUAAUGAAAAAAACUUCGCACAAACAUCAUAAAACUCUGCCAAAUGUUGGGAAAACCCCUGCUAACGUGUCUACUAUCUCAUGUUCAAAACAGGCUGCAACAUCCAUUGUAACAGGUCCUCUUGUACUUUCACCAGAAAUAGUAGGUUUAAAUUCUACUAUUAAAAUAAACUCUGCAAAAAAGAGGCCAGGGACUGUCCUAAUAUCAAAACGGCCAAGCAUUGGAGCCAUGGCUGAGGAUCAAUGGGAGCGCCCUGUCAUUCCACCAAGAAGACCUGGCUUCACGGUGUGCUUUAUUUGUGGCAAGGAGUUUGGGUCACAAUCCCUUCCUAUCCAUGAGCCAAAGUGCCUGGAGAAAUGGCACAUUGAAAAUGACAAGUUACCAAAGCAUCUAAGAAGACCAGAACCUGUUAAACCUCAGGCUCUUUUGAGAGGUUCUGAUAAUAUCAAACCUGCAAUUGGAUUAUCUUCUCAAAGUAAUCAAGUUCAUCUUCUGCCCUGUGAAAACUGUGGUCGCACUUUUCUUCCAGAUCGUCUGCUAGUACAUCAACGGAGCUGCAAACCUACAACGAUACCUGGACCUUCAAACUUCAGUCCUGCUAAAUCUUUUAGAUCCUCGGGCUCUGAAUCUUCUUCAACUGUAGUAGACAAGAUUCCAAUAAUAAGGCGCCCCCCAACUGUCAUUUGUUACAUUUGUAGUCGUGAAUAUGGAACUAAAUCCAUCAGCAUCCAUGAACCGCAGUGUCUGAAAAAAUGGCACAUUGAGAAUGACCAACUGCCAAAACAUUUACGAAGACCUGAACCCAAGAAGCCAGAGAUAAGAUCUAUAGGAGCCAAAGGUUACUAUGAUCUUGAUGCUUUCAAUGAGUCUGCCUGGAACAGCGCCCAGAGCCAGUUAGUUCCAUGUGAUAUUUGCGGUCGUACCUUCCUGCCAGACAGACUGAUCGUCCACCAGCGGUCAUGUAAACCGAAGAUCCCAAAAUAAAAACUCCUGCCUUCUACCCAAAAUGUUAAAGAACCAAAUUGCCAUUGCAACAAAUAAGACCUAGGUUUCAACAUUGAACUAUCAUAACAGUGUAUAGAAUCAAGUUCUGAACAUGCCCUGUUAAUAAUUAUUGUGUGUGCAUUACAUAGGUGAAAUAUAAACUUUGUUCUUCUAGUGCUGUUUUGCAGCAGUGGUAUGGAUCAUGUGUUUUGUUAUGAAGUGAGUCCAUGACUCACUACCAGACUGCAGCCUACAGGGCAGAUUGUGGCCUACAGACUGUCUAGUGAAUACCAUUGUUUUACUAUACCAUACUUCAUUACAAAGUCUUCGGGUUUUUCUAGACUUCUGCAUUAGUAAAUCAUGUGUAAAACUCAGACACCUCCCCCCCUCUACUUUUUUACUUUUUGUUUCUGUUAAAAUGCCUUUUCUGGGGGGAAUACAAUAAAAGCUUCAGCAACUUUCUCA